AUGGAAAUGUCAACUUCUGCUUUGUUGGAUGCACACAGAUGCUGUUGGCUGCAGUGAAGAAGUAUGGAGAGCGUGACUGGUAUAAAAUUCGGACAGAAGUGCCAGGGAGGAGUGAUGCUCAGUGCAGAGACAGGUACUUAAAAGCAUUGCACUGUGAUGUAAAGAAAGGCAAGUGGAGUUUAGAGGAAGAGGAGCAGCUGAUUGAACUGGUUCAAAAGCAUGGCCUGGGUCACUGGAGUAAAAUAGCUUCUGAAUUGCCACAUCGGACUGGCUCCCAAUGCCUGAGCAAGUGGAAACUCAUGAUUGGGUCCAAGAAGAAAAGAUGUAGGGCACCAAAACGCCGACACGUGGAAGAGAGUUCCAGCUCUUCAGAGAGCAGCAGUGAAGACAUUGAGCUGGACUUAGAAGACAGCUCAGAGGAGGAGACAACAAGCAAGGAGGAGAGUGCAUUUCCCAGCAUUGAUUUGUGGAUACCAACAAGGACAAACACCCAGGACUCAAACAAGGAAAGGUAUCAAACUCCUUCCCUUUUCCCUCCUGCUGAUGGGAGGAUCCUGAGCAGUGAAGUUCCAAGCACAGCGUGGGAUGGUGACAAGGACAGAGCUGCCAGUAACACAUCAGAACUGAACACCCUCGUGAGGGGCAUUGCACGACCCCAUUCCACAGACAUCAUUGUGAAGAAUCCAAUAGAAGUAAUAAACAAGGCUUCCAGAUGUGGAAAGCAAGUGCUACAGGUUAGCCUGGAGGAUGUGAGAAGAGUGAUAAGACACAACACAUGCUCUCUGAAGAAACUUCAUUCAAAGAUUUUAACUAAAUUAUCUGGAGUUGGUACUUCUGUCAGCCAGAACCCUGAGGGACUGCAGAGCAUCUCUGAGAAAGCUUUCAGGCAAGAGAGAGAGAGGCUGAGGAGAAUGAGCCUGGACAGGAAGCUGCUGAUGGCAGUGACACCUUGGGUGGGCAAUGUCCUCAUGCCUUGCACCCUGCAGACUGGGAAGAUGGCUUUUCACCAGACAAAAGCUGAUUCCAUUCAGGAGAAGAUGAAGUCUGUCAGUCUCCUGAGCACUCCCCUCUUCACACUCUUCAUUCAGCUGUUUCAGAUUGAUACCCAUGGCUGCAUGAAGAUUAUUCGUGAGAGAAGGUUGAGGCAGGCAGAGCUGCUCCGGGAUAACACCAGAAGGCCUCAGCAGGCUUCCCAAAAUUCGGAGACUUCUUCAGGCAAUUCAUCCCAGCCCUGUACUCAGAGGAACUCCCGGAGGGGCAUACCAGGGAAUGCUGUCAGGAGACCUGUUGCUUUAAAAGCCAGGGAGAUGUCCUCCAGUGUCCUGGAGAGCAGCACUCCUGCCAUGCAGGGAGUUCUUCCAGCCCCAGGGCAGAGGCAGAAGCCUAAAACUGUCUCAGAAUUACUGAGGGAGAAGAGGCUGAGAGAAUCCCGAGCUAAGAAGGCCAUGCAGGGCACAGUCUUUGUUGCCCCACAGAUGCUGGUGUCAGGGCCUCUGAUAAUCCAGCACUCACCACAACAAAUCAUUCCCUCUGCACAAGCAGGGAGCAAAGCUGCAGCAGGAAGUUGUACAAAUAACCCAGUACAGUCUGCACCAGCUCCUCUGCCAGCCUUUCCUUCUGUUGCAGGUUCAACUUCUACCCCUGUUGUGCUUGAAAACCAUUCCUCAUCAGUGUCAGAAACUGGGGAAAGCCCCAGUUCCACACAAGGAACAGAACUACAGUCCAAUAAGGAACUGAAAGAGACAGCUUUGGAAAGUAGCCCUGCUGGAGGGGCUUUUCCAGCUGCAGCAGAGAAGGACUCCAGUCAGGGGGGCUGCAAUGGUCAGGUCCUGGCUGGCAGCUCAGCUUCAGUAGUGUUGCAAAACCAAGCUUUUGUGCCACAUCAGAUUGCAGUGGUGCCUGUUGGUGUUGAGGCUGGCACCAACAAAUUGUCUCCUUCCACACCAGUUACCUGUGAGGUGAAUGGUAAUGGGACACAGCAGAGGCCACUCAGUCUCUUGCCUGCUCUGGUAACUCCACAGCCUGGUUCACCUUUGAAUCUCAGCAGUGUGCUGCCUUUCACAUGGGUUGUAACCCCACAGGCUUUGCUCCCCACCACUGUGCUGGGUGUUCCCCAAGGACUGCCAGCUGCUCCUGUGACUUCCAGUGGCAAUGUCCCUAGCCUAGGGGUGUCACCUGCACCAGCUGGAGCAAAUGUGCCUCACCCCAGCAGUGUGGAGACAAAAGCACCAAGUGCCCAGUCAGCAGAAGGAAGAGCUUUGGGAAGGACAGCUCAGCAUUCCUCAGUUCUCUUGCCUGUAACCUCAGCAAGUCCUGGGUGCACCACAUCCAGUGUUUCUGCUGCAACACCAGGGUGUCCAGAUGGCUCUUCCAAGGCUUCUGGUUCCUCUGCAGCUCAGUCUGCUCCUGCACCACCCCUGCAUGCUGAGCUGCUGCCCCAAACACAGCCACCUCCAGGCACUCAAGGAUCUGAUUCCCAGUCUGUGUCCAGCCUCACUAACUUGGGAAAGAGCCACAACUCCACCACAGCAAACGGAUCAUCUUCUACUCCAAGCACCAUCACAAAAAGGAUUGUGCUCCAGCCAGGAGAUCCAGCUCCCCAUAACAAUGUCCCAAGGAACUCUGAAGCACUGAAAAACAGACCCAUUGCCUCCAAACCUCCAACCACCCAGCCUGCUCAUAGCUCACCCCAGCCAAGCCCCAGUGCAGAAAAGAAUGUGCUUGACCUCAGCCUGAUUUCCCUGGAAGAUGAGGAGCAAGUGAAGGAGUGGCUGAAUGGGAAACAAGGUGUCCAGGUACCACCACUGCAAACCAGGUUGCCUUAUUUGCCACCUUUCUUGUGCAACUUAAAAACCCUCUCAAAGCUACUUCUGCAGAAAGCAGCUCUGGAGGAGCAAGCAGCAUGUCUGCUGCCUUCUGGUGGCAGUCGGGAGGAGGGCACUGGGGUUGAUUUCCAAGCUAUUGGGGAACUGGUGCAGCAGAAACUUGGUGAUAACCCUGCUUACCUCCUCCUGAAAGCCAGAUUCCUGGCAGCCUUCUCACUUCCAGCUGUACUUGCAACUCUGCCUCCUCCAAAAGUGGCAACAACUCUGUCAGCCAGCAGGAAGCAGUAUGAAGAGAGUGAUGAAGAGGAGUGGCAGAGUGAGAAGGAAGUGUCUGAGGAAGAGAGUUGUGGGAAUGAAUUAACAGGUGAUGAGUCUGGAGACAAAGAUGCUGGUUUGCUAAAUCAGGGCAUGGGAGCUGAAGAGAAUGCUCCCCAGUCUGUCUUGGAGUCCUGCACUGACAUGGGUGACAGCAGUGCUCCUCAAAUCAGGAGAAGUGCCCGUUUCAGGAAAAGGAAGAGGAUGAGAGAAUGAAAUGUGAGUCACUUGAAUGAGUUCUGCCUCCCUGCAUGGCAGCAGGAGAAACUCUUUGCACUAUUCACUUUUAACACUUCCUACAAACUGGUGAGAUGAAGCUGGGGAAGAGAGGAAAAAGGCUGGACUGUUUUUCCCAUUGCCUGUAACAAAGUCUGCAUCUUUAGACAAAUUGCAAAAAAUGACACAAACUGGCUGGUUGGAAGUUUUUCAGGCAUAGACCAAUUAAUUCUGCUCUCUUUUGAGCUAGCAUCUGCCUUAGAUGCUGGGGGGGGGGGAGAUCGUUGGAGAAAUGAGGAAACCAGCAAUGAUGGCUAUUUAUUUCCUUUUUCUGUUGGCCCCUAUUUAUGUGAAUGCUUAUCCAUGUUCAGAGUGUGUUUUCCAUUGGGUGUUGUUUUUUUUUUUAGUGCUGUGACAGUGGUUUUGCUUGAUAGCUGACUGAAUACUGCUGAACAAGCAGCAGAUUAAUUUUGUAUCAAAAUGAGUCUGGAGUAUUUGUUGAAAUACAGAUAUUUUAUUUUUCUCACUUAAAAAUUA